GUCACGCAUCUCCUCCUGUCGUCUUCCGGCUGAAAAUAACAGCUUUGCCCAGUCCGACCGACAGCAGAGUGUUUCUAAGUGUGAAAGACACCGCUGUGCCAGACAUGGCUGGCUUUGGGAACAAGUUGAGUUCUUACACUUUAACUCAGUUAAACGAACUGCUCGAAGAUGACGAGAAGCUCAACAAAUUUAUCGACGAGUCGGAGGAGAUUAAAGGUCUACAACAGAACAAGGAGAUGACCCUUGCUAGUAACCGUCUUCUGGCUGAGCAGAACCUUAAACUCCAACCCAGGCUUGACCACCAAAAGAAUGAGCUUACCAGACGUUACCGGAGCCUACAGGAGCUGUUUGAGGCCUAUCAACUGCGCAAGUCCACUUUAGACCACAGAUCUGGAAACAUGCCUUUGGACACAUUGCUUGCACUCCUACAAGCAGAAGGGGCCAAAAUCGAGGAAGAAACUGAGAACAUGGCCGAUUCGUUCCUCGAUGGUGCAGGCCCCCUGGACGUAUUCAUUGAUGAGUAUCAGAGUAAGAGGAAGCUGGCACACCUGCGGAGAGUCAAGAUAGAGAAGCUUCAAGAAAUGGUGCUGAAAGGACAUCACAUGGCCCAUGCUGCACCUCCGCCCUCUCGCUCUCAGGACCUUCCCUCCAGGCCAGCUGCUCUCCACAGAGAGGUCAAUGGUUCCCCAAUGCCGAUGCCCCGUCGGGCUCCUCCUCUUCCCCCUGUUAAAGUCACCCAAACUCCUACUGUCCAGCCCGCCACAGCCGUCUCCUACCCUCCUACCUCUCCGUUCUCUCCCACUACUCCAUACCCCCCUAUUCCCCCCAGAGUAGGAAACACACCACCCGUUCUUAACCAGGGAUACCCCAGCAUGUACAUGCAGCAAUACCCCCCACCCGUUCCCCAGAGACCCCCUCCACGCAUGGCCCCCCAGCCAGGCUUCAUCAUGCAGUGAGCGUGGGACAUUACGGUCUGUGGAUGAGAAAGGAAGUGCACACUGGACAUUCAUUCAAGCCUUUUGUAGGUCCUUCAAGCUGCAUGUUAUUAAAUAUUGUGCGCCAAGAUGAAGUCUUGUCGUGUAAAAUUAACAAGACUUUUCUGCAAUCAAAGGGGCAUCUGCAACAGGAUAUUCAAUUUGCACUUUAGACAACUUUUGUAUUUGAUCAGUCAUGACUGGUUAUGGAGUCGUACUGUUCCCGUUCCUCCCUCUUCAGUAGCGGUAGAUCAAGUAAAGAUGUUUUUUGUGAGCCUCUGGGGUAUGAUAAAGACCUCAAAGUUCAAGAACAGGGCUUCAGUUAGGCCAGCUAGACAGAUAUGAAGAGCCAAGUUUUAUUCGAGUUGUCAAGAUCAUGCUAAUAUGUCAGUUCAACCACUCUUCAGACAUUUCAUACCUAAAAAAGCUGCUUUCUCAAAAAGGUAAUGCCUAUGCAAACAGACUGAGACCGAACUGUGCAGAAUUUAUUGGGAGGAAGAAAUAAAAACAUUUUUUUUGCACUCCAGGUUUUCUCAGACCUGUGGCCCAAGAUGUUAUUUGUUUGUCAGCGGAUCUAGUUUCAGCUGGUAGCAGUAAAACAGUGUGAUUUAAUAGAGAUUUGGGUGAAAAAUUUGGUACUAAUGUGGUGGGUGAGAUUGGGUGAUCAGAGCUACUGCUACAAUAGAGAGAGGACCAAAAUGCCUUAUGUGUCUCCGAUGCGAGCAAAUUCGUGCUGAUGGAGGGAGCUUAUUGGCUAGAAUUUGGAAAAAGUGAGAGUGAAUGGUAGUGUGCAUGAAAAAAAUGCUCAAAUGAGUUAUUUUUAAUCAUGUAAGUGUGAACAUUUCUGGAGCAUAUUUGCUUGUACUGUCAUUACCGUGCAUACUUAAACUGAUGCUUUAUGCAUAAUUUACCAUUUUAAUGUUUAUAUCAAACACCAUAAUCCUUCUUGUGUUUAUUUUUGCCAUCUGGUGUGAAAAUGUUCAUUGGAGAUGUGCUUCCUUUUCCAUAAACCCUGCAUAUUAAUUUGCAUUUAAUAUAUUUAUCUAAUAUAGCCACACUGUUUUUAACUCUGGAUCUGUUUUCAGUAUGUAUGCAUGUAUGUAUGUAUGUAUGUUGUUUUUCUGGUAUGUUCAUGUGUCUGAAGUAGCCACUUUGUGCCUAUGCUGGGUAAGAUGAGGACUUGUUCACUGUGGUGAGGAGUGUGUUUUGUGCUACAUAUUCCUCUUUGCCUUCCUGUUCUAUAGCAAAUUACUUAAUGCCCAGAAUACACUUCUUCUUCUUUUUUUGUUUGUUUUCUUUUUCUUUUUUUUUCAAAAUAUAUGCUGUUUACACAGGUACAUCCUUACAAGUGUCCUUUACCUAAAUAUCUAGGCUAAUUUAUAAGUUUUACGUAUAGAGCCAUAAUUAUGUUGUCUCAAAUUCAGGAAGUUGAAAUGAUAGAAACAGGAAAAGGAAAACAUUGUUUGGAUGAAGUCCUCUCUUUAAUCACUGGUGCUGCUACAUUAAUUUAAUGAGCUGAACCCAGAUGAUGUUAGUAUGCAGGCUCUGUUUGAAUUAAAUCACUUUGUGUUUGUCAGGCUUGGGUUGGGUAUCUGCUUUAUUAUCUUGAUGCUGAUGAGUACCAGAUCGAGAGGUGGAAUUAAUUGGGUUCCUCAUGAAUCAGGCUGUGUCAUGUCUAGACAUUGACUAAAUAUCUGUGAAAACCUAUUAUGUACAAUGACAGGUUUGCCAAGCAUCUGGAAAAACUGCUUCCACCCUUGAAAAUUGUUUUUGUUUGUUUGUUUGUUUGUAUGUAUAGACACGGUCUUUCUUUGUCUUAGAAAUAAUGAUAAUGAUUGCUAGGAUUGUAAAAGGUAACUCGGCAGUAUGCUUUUGCUGGCUGUAUAAAAUAGUGUUUUGUACUUUCCUAAUGUAAAAUAUGCAGACUAUUAUGUGCUAGGUAUUGUCUAUUGAAAGUGAACUGACAUCUCUAUUUUAAAGAUAAUAAAUGAUAUCCCAUCA